AUGCAGGACCUCCGUGAAGGCACCUUAGAGCAAGUGCUCACAUCCAUGGUACCAGCUCUCCCGGGGGCAAACAUCCCCCAGGUCUCCACCCUGGCCUUCUACAGAGCCCAACAGUUCCUGGAGGAGCUGUUAGCUAGGUCCUGUCCACCGUCCAUCAGAGCUGACGCCGUCAAGGUGCUUUCGACAUCUGCAGGCACACCUCCUCAUAAGGACCAGGGUGACACACCGCAGGACCAAGUCAUAAAGGCCAUGGCUUCGAUGGUUCGGACCUGGCUGAACCUGGUCCAGAGUUUUGGGCAGCCCCUUCCUUUUGCCUUGUUGGAGGUAGAGCAGGCCUUGGUGCCCAUCAAGUCCCCAGCAUCACACCUGUUGGGCCAAAUCCAAAAUCUAGAGCUGGAGCAUCUUGAGCCCACAGAGGCAACUCACCAAGGUCCACACACAGAGAUCCGGAUCUCUCUAGAGCCAGAGGAAGGGCCUGCUCAGGGGCCAGAGUCUGGUCCAGCCAUUCGCUCCACCCUGGCAUGGCCUGGCCUGAGGCACUACCUGAGGCCAUUAUGGAGCCAGCUGCUGGAAGCCUUCUCUGCUGCUGUCAUGACAGUUCUAGGCGAUUAUCUUUAA